CGCCUUCUAUUCUACUAAAUUCGGAUGAUUCUCUUCUCUCUGCAGCCUUCUUCCUCGUUUUGCUUCUUUCUUCCCACUUAUCGUGAAUUGCCCAUAUUUUCUGGAAUACCGCGUUGAGCUGUGUGUAUCUGGCACAGUGUUGCUGUAAACGUUUGUUGUUUCUUGAUAGCCUUCACAAUGUCCCAUUUUUCAGAGUGGUACUACCAGGACUGGGAACAGCAGCUGCUGCAUUCAGACCAACCGCACACACCAAAUGCUGCCUUCAAUGCCGACCUCAGUUACAAUGGGUUUCUCCUAAAUAACGAUGCCAACUGGACAUCUUCUAGCGGGUUCAUAAAUGGGCUGUCUAUGGAAGACGCACUGGAAAGCUCUCGCCACGACGUUUUCAGCGGUGUUCAUAGCAUGCCAACGAGAAGCCGUUCAACCGCUGUGAUACCCAUCACUGGUAUGCAACACCAUGCUGGAAAUAGAAUCUCUCGUGUUGGUGGCGCAGAUGCCGAUGACUUUGCGAUCAGCUCAGGUGCUUCUGCAUCCGGCCCUGAGCUUGGCUCCAGUCCUCCCUAUAUGCCUCUAGGCAUCAUGGCAGGUGGUGCGGGUUAUGACGACAGUUCCAACAACAGUCCCAUGAGCAAGGCAUAUGUUGACUUGCCAUCGUACGGCAAUACCCAAUUUCCUCGUAACUUAUCCGCUCCCGCUUUGGGAAACAAUGUAAGCCCUGGCGAGCUUGGGGGUGGAGUGCGUCCUUCUUCACUGCCAACCUCUGCGCCGUUGAACAGUGGCCAUGGAUCAGAAACCACUUUCACUGAUGCAAAUGCGCCUCCCAUCAUCCGGGAUUACCAAAAACUAAUGGAUCCUUUGAACAACAAUGUUGAUUUCAAUACGCAAUAUUCAUCCCUCGAAGAGGCCAAUGAAUCCCAGCGUCCCAGUACUCGACUUCCGGAUGACUCCACUCUUCCUCGUACCCAGGUGCAGAAGCGGGCAAUUGUAAAACAAAUGUGCAACGCCAUGGCGAGCACCCACCGUGCGCAAGACAACAAGCCUAUGAUCAAACCGUUCAAGGAAGGGCGAUACAGCGAACGUCGGAUGGAGGCCGCUUGCUGGCAGGUUUUGGAAACCGCUAUAGAGAGACAUACCUUUGGUCCGCUUUUAAGCGCUUUUGACGUCAAACCGAAGAACCACGAGAUAGUGACCUUCGCGACCAGAAUCGACAAAAUCGUUGACUGCCUCAUGCUUCAUAAGACAAUUUGCAAGCAUCUCCUGGACCCGCUCUACGUCUACCACUUCGUUGACGAUCCUGUUCAAGCCGAGAAGCGCGUGGUUGCAAACAGACUGUUGAACAAGCGCAAAGGAGAGGUAAUGAAUGCAGGAAAGCAAGUUCUUGGAACUAGAAAGCCUGGUACCAAGAAGAGGGCUGGCAAAGCUGCCAAAUCCGUUACUCCACCUACGGAUGAGACCCCUUCAGAUACCCCUGCAAGUUCGAGCACUGGUCUUGAAGGCGGAUCACUCACCCCGGAUGGACUCACUCGCAUGAUGAAGGCCGAUCCGCUGAGCUCCUCUCCCAUGCUUAGCAUUGGUACAUCAACUCCAACCUACGUUACAGCCGGGCUUCAAUAUCCUUCGACUCCCAUGAUGGGAAACGUUGGUUUGCCUCACCUCCACAAUCGCCGGAUGACUGCACCAACUUCUCACCCAAGGCCGAUCAUGAUGAACCCAAAUAUGCCUUUCCAUUCUCGUGGCGGCUCUAGCAACCUUGGUACCAGCCGUAAGCGUCUUAUGAACGAUUAUGAAACCUCCUCCCCCGAGAAGCGUCAGCGCUAACAACUGAUGCCGAUUCCUUUCGCCGCUCGUCGUACCUGUUCUUCUGUUUUGAAGAAACUACGCAAGCAAAUCAAGCCCCUAGCCUAUCUUCUUUACUCUUUUUCUGGUAUCU